AGCCUGGCUUUAGCUGGCUUAGCAUUAGCAACACAUAGCUAGGCGGAGGCGCAACAAGCUCCCAGGACGCCCAAAUAAGUACUCUAUCUUCAUUUUUCCCUUGGAAUUGGCGAAUUUCGUUUAUGGUUUCAUAUCCCUGGACUAAUAAUUGAACCGACGUAGCGCAAAAGAUAUGGUGAUGGCGUGGUCAUGUGUGCAGCCAGCACUGUGUGUGUGGAGAUGGUUUUAACAGACGCUGUUCUGGAGGACUCAGGAACACUGCACUGGCCUGGAGAAGCCUCAUAGACAAAACACACACGUACACAACGCACACACAAACUUGUACACAAGAUUUACACAUACACACCACCGCCGUGCCUUGAGAAAGGACACAGGCGCACGGACACAUAACACAAGCUUCACCUGAAGCACGACACACACUUUUGCACCCUGUGUGUGUGCAAGCCUCUCUACCCAAACAUUAUUGGUGUCCUACCUGCUCUCCUGUGUGAGAGUGCACAUUUUAUUCCUUCCCGUCUGUCCCAUCUCCACCGCCACCAUGCCGAGCUCCACCAUCCGCCGGCAGAUGAAGAACAUGGUGAACAACUACUCUGACGCAGAGAAGAAAGUCAGAGAGGCCACUUCCAACGACCCCUGGGGCCCGUCGUCUUCGCUCAUGUCCGAGAUCGCCGACCUCACCUACAACGUGGUGGCCUUCAGCGAGAUCAUGAGCAUGAUCUGGAAACGGCUCAACGACCACGGCAAGAACUGGCGCCACGUCUACAAGGCGCUCACCCUGCUCGACUAUCUGAUCAAGACAGGCUCAGAGCGGGUGGCGCUGCAGUGCAAAGAGAACAUCUUCGCCAUCCAGACUCUGAAGGACUUCCAGUACAUUGACAGAGACGGCAAAGACCAGGGCAUCAAUGUCAGGGAGAAGAGCAAGCAGCUAGUGGUCCUACUUAAAGACGAGGACCGCCUCAAAGGAGAGAGGUCUCAGGCUUUGAAGACCAAAGAGCGUAUGGCCCAGGUGUCCACUGGGAGCAGUCAGAUGGGUUUUGGCCGAGGCUCGUCUCAGCCCAACCUCUCUACUUCCUACAGCGAAGAGUACGGCAGAUCAGAGGGCUCACCUGCCUCCUACCAUGGCUCCACAUCUCCCAACGCGGGUUCAGAACUGGAGCAGGCCAGACCUCAGACCAGCGGAGAGGAGGAGCUACAGCUGCAACUGGCUCUGGCUAUGAGCAGAGAGGCUGCAGAGCAGGAGGAGCGCUUACGCAGAGGGGACGACCUGAGACUACAGAUGGCCUUGGAGGAGAGUAAGAAAGGAGGUCCAGAUUCGGGGAAACUGCCCAAGAAGAAGAGAGAGCCACAGUCGUCUCUGAUGGAUCUGAUGGAUGUCCCUGAGCCUGGUGCCACUGCUGAUCCCUGGGGCGCAGGGGCCGGAGCCGGAGCCGGAGCUGGAGCCGGGGCAGCCGCUGCACCAGAAGACCCCUGGCAGUCUUAUGGGUCUGCACCUAAGCCAGCAGCCCCAGUGGACCCAUGGGGUGCCACUCCUUCUGUUCCACCCAUGAAGAGCAGUGAUCCCUGGGCAUCUAACCCCGCUCCUGCUGCUGACCCCUGGAGCUCCGCUGCUCGCCCCAAGACUUCCAACCCAGGUAGCUUUGACCUGUUCAAUGCAUCCAACGGUACGUCUAAAGAGGACUUCUCAGAGUUUGACAGCCUGCGCUCUUCCUCCUCUGUCCCUACUGGUGAUGGGGGCGUAGCAUCUUCUCUCCCCUCCCAAGCCAGCCUCGCUAGCAGCGGCAGCCUGGACCUCUUCGACCCCCUACCCAGCUCCAUGUCUAUGUCUUCAAACCCAACCAGAAAGACUCCAGAGUCCUUCCUGGGUCCCAAUGCUGCCCUGGUCAAUCUGGACUCUCUGGUGACUAAACCAGCCCAGCCUGCUCCAGUCAUCAACCCAUUCUUAGCUUCAACAGGUGGCUCAGCUCCAGCUCCAGCAGCCCACGCCAACCCCUUCCAAGUGACCCAGCCAGCCCCUCCCACCCUCAACCAGAUGCGUGUCAGCCCCAUGCCCUCCGGCUUCGGCAUGGUGGAGCCCAUGUCCGUCUCCACCGGGCCCGCUCAGCCCAUCACCAUGGUCCCCAUGGCAGGCAUGACCCCCAUGGCCCGCGUGAUCCCCGGAAUGGGGGUCGCCAGUGUCGGAGGUGUGGGAAUGACUGCGGGGAUCCCGGCCUCCAUGUCCAUGCCCCAGCCCCUGAUGAGCAUGCAACCCCAGGCCGGGACGCAGCCCGCCGGAACCACCAACCCGUUCCUUUUGUGAGGGUGACCGGGGGACGACUUGCCCCACAGUUACCCCUCCUCUCUCUUUCUUCCACUUUGGCUCCUUAAGAAGCUUCAAAAUGAACAAGGAGAUGUCUUAUCCCAUUUAUCCCUUUACAACCGACUCCUAGCCAGGUCGUAGUCCCAGCCUGGCCCCCCCUCCACCUUAACACACUCCUUUACUCCUUCCUCCUCCGUCUCUUUGUCUCAAUGCUACAAGCUGCCUAGUCCUGUGUGUUCCAUGCCGAUCCCACGAUGGUGUUGAUGACCACAAAGAGUUUGCAUCUGUCUACAGACUUACAGAGUAGCAGCGGUGUUUACAGAUUUUCCAUAGAGGCAGGACAGUCUCCUCCUGUCGUUCACUCGUCUCCUCUCCCUUACUUUUUACCUUAGGACUGCUCUUUUUCUUCUUCUUCUGUGGUGAAGUGACGGAAGAGUCUGACCAUACUAACUCCAGGAUCUUAUCUCUUCACUAGAGCUAAUCUUUUAUAAGCCCUGUCAGCCGGUGUGUGUGUGUGUGUGUGUGCGAGCGUGUUUGAGCGCACAUCUCAGUACUUUUACACUGUGUAUAUUCCAGUGGGUUUUACUUGUACACACUGGAGUAUGGAUGAGAGAUGGCGAGAUGUGUUUAUACUCUUGUGUGUGUGUUACUAAGCAGGGAUUUUGCACAAUUAUUAUUUUUUUUGUUCUGUCUGCGACUGUUGGGCUCACCGUUACACCUUAGCUAAGGGAGGGAGGCUAGCCGCUACAACGGCCUAAACAACACACACUGCCUCGGCUCUCGGUACCACUCAGUCACAACUCUCGUCUGGUCACUUCCCGUCAACUUGGACCCCCCCCCCCCCCCCC